CACGAACGUCCACCAUCCUCGUGCCCACCCCUCUCGACCAUGUCCUCCAAAGCGUUCCUCGACCCCUCUACUGCCCUCGAUGUCCUCCAGGCGUACAAGCGCGCCGACGGCCUCUCCGUCGGCGAGCUCAUGGACUCUACCGUCCACGGAGGUCUGACCUACAACGACUUCCUCCUGCUCCCGGGCAAGAUUGACUUCGCCGCCCACGAAGUCGUCUCGGAGAGCAAGAUUACUCGCAACGUCGUGCUCAAAACACCUUUCAUGAGUAGCCCCAUGGACACGGUCACCGAGGGCGACAUGGCCAUUGCCAUGGCGCUCCUUGGCGGCAUUGGUGUGAUCCACCACAACCAGACUCCCCAGGAGCAGGCGGCGAUGGUGCGCCGCGUCAAGCGUCACGAGAACGGAUUCAUCACGGACCCCGUCGUUCUCUCCCCUUCGAACCGUGCCGAGGACGUCUUGGACAUCAAGGAGCGUCUUGGCUUUGCUGGAGUGCCUAUCACGGAUACUGGUGCGCUUGGGGGCAAGCUGCUCGGUAUCGUCACGAACCGUGAUGUCCAGUUCCGUGAUCCUUCGACGCCGCUCUCCGAGGUCAUGACGACGGACCUCGUCACUGCAUCCGAGGGCAUCACCCUUGAGAAGGCAAACACCAUUCUGCGUGACUCGAAAAAGGGCAAGCUGCCGAUCGUCGACAGCGCUGGCCGUCUCACCUCCCUUCUCGCGCGCUCCGACUUGUUGAAGAACCAGGACUACCCGCUCGCGUCAAAGUUGCCGUCGUCCAAGCAGCUGUACGCUGCCGCUGCGGUCGGCACGCGCCCCGCUGAUCGUGAUCGUCUUGCGCUUCUUGCAGAGGCAGGCCUUGACAUCGUUGUCCUCGACUCUUCGCAGGGCAACUCCGUCUUCCAGCUCGACAUGAUCAAGUGGAUCAAGGCGACUUACCCAAAGCUCGAGGUCAUCGCGGGUAACGUCGUUACGCGAGAGCAGGCUGCGAGCCUCAUUUCCGCAGGCGCCGACGCGAUCCGGGUCGGUAUGGGCUCCGGCUCUAUCUGUAUUACGCAGGAAGUCAUGGCCGUCGGGCGGCCGCAGGCAACCGCCGUCUACGCCGUCGCCGAGUUCGCGAGCAAGUUCGGCGUGCCCGUCAUCGCCGACGGUGGCAUCCAGAACGUCGGGCACAUUGUCAAGGCGCUCGCACUUGGUGCCGGUGCGGUGAUGAUGGGUGGGCUUCUCGCGGGCACGACGGAAGCGCCGGGCGAGUACUUCUACCACGAGGGCAAGCGCGUGAAGGCGUACCGCGGGAUGGGGAGCCUCGAGGCGAUGGAGCAGGGGAAGCCGGGACCGGCGUCGGCCGCGACGAGCAGGGCGGUGGCGGGCAAGGGGAAGGGGAACACGCACGAGAACGCGGCGACGACGCGCUACUUCUCGGAGUCGUCUGCGGUGAAGGUCGCGCAGGGCGUGUCGGGCGACGUGCAGGACAAGGGCUCGGUGAAGCAGUUCUUGCCGUACUUGUAUGCGGGCCUGCAGCACUCGUUCCAGGAUAUUGGCGUGAAGAGCGCGCAGGCGCUGCAGGAGGGCGUGCGUGAGGGCAAGGUCAGGUUCGAGCUCCGUACGGCGAGUGCGCAGGUCGAGGGUGGUGUGCACGGGUUGCAUUCGUAUACGAAGCGUCUGUUCGCUUGAUUGGGCUGGUUGGUAUGUCUUUUCGUGUUUAGGUGAUCUAUUGUAUCGAUAGUUGGAUUGCAACGACGUUUGUUUGCCACAUA